GAUUUAUGGUGCCAUUAUGAAGCUUAGGAGGGACGGCACCCUAGCUUAUGCCUGCUGACUCUUUCCCAUCCUAAGGCCCGUCAAGGAGAUUCCAUAUUUAGAGCAUUUAAAGAUAUAACCAGGCGAGCAUUAAUUUGAGGGAGCGGAAGGCCGGCGCUUGGGCAGCAUAGCGUCUUGGAGCUGUGCGCCCGCACAGUUACAGCUGCCCAUGAUGGCUGACCGUAAGCCCAUCGAGCUCGCGGAGGGAUGGAGCUUCAUGGAAAAAGGCAUUCAGAAGCUCAUCCGCCUUCUUGAGGGUGAGCCCGAGGACCAAUUCAACGCGGAGCAGUAUAUGCAUCUUUACACGACGAUUUACAACAUGUGCACACAAAAGCCCCCCCACGACUACUCUGAGCAGCUCUACGGGAAGUAUCGGGAGGCAUUUAACAAGUACAUCAACGAGAAGGUCCUUCCUUCUUUGCGCGAGCAUCGGGACGAGGUGCUCCUGAAGGAGCUAUACCAGCGAUGGGGUAACCACAAGCUGAUGGUCCGCUGGUUGUCCCGAUUUUUCAACUACCUCGAUCGGUACUACGUCCUACGGCACACAUUGCAUCCACUCAAGGACGUGGGCUUACUAUGCUUCAAAGACCACGUGUACGCUGAGACGAAGAAGCGCACAAAGGACGCUGUCCUGAUGCUGAUUGAGAAGGAGCGCGAGGGUGAGCUGGUGGACAGGGCGCUGGUGAAAAACAUUUUGGGGAUCUUCAUCGAGUUGGGCAUGGGCAACAUGGAUUGCUACGAGAAGGACUUCGAGGAAUUUUUGCUAGCGGAAACGAGCGCUUUCUACAGGCGCAAGGCCUCGGAGUGGAUUGAGCAGGACUCUUGUCCGGACUACAUGCUCAAGGCGGAGGAGUGUCUGCGGCUGGAGGAGGAACGCGUCGAGAACUACCUGCACGCGUCCACCAAGCCAAAGCUUUUGAAGGAGGUGGAAGCGGAGUUGCUAUCCAACUACGAAACCCGGCUUCUUACUAAGGAGCACUCGGGAUGCGCCGCGCUGCUUAAGGACGACAAGACGGAGGAUCUUGCACGAAUGUAUCGCUUGUUCCAGCGUAUUCCGAAGGGCCUUGAUCCCGUGGCGGAGAUUUUCAAGGAGCACGUGGACAGCGAGGGCAUGAAACUCGUUAAGGAGGUGACGGAGGCGGUGGAGCUGGCCAAGGAGAAGCAGGCUAAGGCUGGCCCCUCUCGUGAUACUGGAACUAGCCAUGAGCAGCAGUACGUGCGCGCCGUCAUUGACCUGCACGACAAGUACCUGCUCUACGUGUCGACUUGCUUCUGCAAUUCGUCGCUGUUUCACAAGAGCUUGAAGGAGGCGUUUGAGAACUUCGUCAACAAGUCGGUGGCGGGCAGCACAAGUGCUGAGCUCAUGGCGUCCUUCUGCGAUAACCUGCUGAAGAAGGGUGGAUCGGAGAAGCUGUCCGACGAGGCAAUUGAGGAGACGCUAGAGAAGGUUGUCAAGCUGCUGGCGUAUGUCAGCGACAAGGACAUGUUCGCAGAGUUCUACCGCAAGAAGCUGUCACGGCGGCUGCUUCAGGACAAGUCGGCGUCCGAUGAUCACGAGCGGUCACUGCUGUCGCGACUCAAGCAGCAGUGCGGUGCCCAGUUCACGUCCAAAAUGGAGGGAAUGGUGACGGACCUGCAGCUCGCCAAGGAGAAGCAGCAGAACUUCGACGACUGGCUCAAGGAGAAGGGCAAGAAGCUGGCCAUUGAUUUGUCGGUCACGGUGCUGACUACGGGCUUUUGGCCAACAUACAAGUCCAUUGAGGUGGCGUUGCCGAGGGAGAUGGUGGAGGGCGUGGAGGUGUACCGCCAAUACUAUGAUUCGGAUUCGAAGCACAGGAAGCUGACGUGGAUUUACACUUUGGGAACGGCGGUGCUUCGCGGGAACUUCCAGAGCAAGCCCAUCGAGAUGCAGAUGAACACUUUGCAGGCGGCUCUUUGCAUGCUGCUCAACGAUGUGGACGAGCUGUCUUAUCAGGAGGUCCAGGAGCGGCUGAGGCUGCCCGACGAUGACCUGCAGCGGCUGCUGCACUCGCUGGUGUGCGCAAAGUACAAAAUCAUUAAAAAGGAUCCGGAGGGCAAGACCAUCAGCAAGUCUGACAAGUUCAGUUUCAACCACGGGUUCACGGACAAGCUGCGGCGCAUCAAGAUUCCGCUGCCACCUCUGGACGAGAAGAAGAAGGUGAUGGAAGAUGUGGACAAGGACCGGCGAUAUGCCAUAGACGCCGCUAUUGUGCGCAUCAUGAAGAGCCGCAAGGUGCUGCAGCAUCAGACGUUGGUGAUGGAGGUUAUCCAGCAGCUGCAGCGCAUGUUCAAGCCCGACCUGAAGCUCAUCAAGAAGCGCAUCGAGGAUCUUAUCCAACGCGAGUACCUGGAGCGCGAUAAGGACAACCCGACCCUGUUCAAGUACCUGGCGUAAACGUGUUGGCGCCGUGGAAACAAAGGUCACAUGCGCAGUCGGCGUGUGGUCUGGCGCUUGGCAUAGAAAGGCCUGGGUGCCAGGCCCGCUGGGGAUGGGGUUGGGGGAAGAGCAGUCUUACCUGGUUGGUUAGGCGAUGAGUCGUGACAGGUUCCAUGCAGUGACGGACAGGAUGAGUACAGGAGGAUGGCGCGAUGGAUGACGAGGCAUCACUGGGGCUUUUGGAAGGGCAGGGCGACGCAGUGCGACAGGGUUCGGUUCAGGUGGUCAUCGAGUCUGCUGAGACGGGUUCAGCCUGUGCUCCUGGAUCUGCGACCGAAGGGUCGGCGGACAAUUGAACGAACCCGGCUGUGAUAGCCGCUGCCUGAGGUCUGUCAGGACGGUUGAUUCAAUAAGCCGGUAUCGGCAGCUUCAGCAGUCGCUAGGUUGUCGUGCAUUUUCUAGGGCAGCGUGCUCCACGGCCAAUGGCUGUCGGUCUCCUAGGGCCGUCGGGUUGUCACUCUUGACGGUACUUAACAUGUGGGGCUGAAGUGCAUUUUGUUCCGGACUCCUCGUAUCCAGCAAAAUUGCCUUGGGAAGGAAUGGGUCGAUUGCCGCUGUAUGCAUUGACCUUGCGGGUGUCUUAAGGUGCUGUAGAGGUGGCGAGGGUGAUGCCUUGUGGAAGGGUGUGCGUAUGGAAUGGAAGCGGAAAGUCCCUCUCCAUCUUAGGGGCAGGGUUAUAAUAAGCAUAGCAGCUGGAGAGCCAACCGUUCGCGUCUAGAAUUUGCGCUGAAGGUGGUGGCCCUUGCAUGGACAGGAGUUGGAAACACGUUGCAUCGGCAGGAAGCCGUAUGUUAAACCCGCAUCGGGCACGUCAUUAGGAACUAAACGAGGAAUUGACGUUUUUGUGGAGCAGGAUGCAGGUUCAUGAAAUGGUGUGGACAAAUCAGACAGCAUGUCCAGCAAUAGCCAUAUGGCCUACGCGCAUCAACCUGCCCGGCUGUCAUGGGUGGGUCAUUGUGGUCCAUGAUGCAGCUGUUGCUGCUGAGGGUGGGAACGAGCUACUCGAUCAGGGGUAAAUCUGUGGUCAAAUGUAUGGCCGGUCCCUGUAAAACGCCUCAGUCGUG